CAGCAACCUGAUUUUCUUUAACAAAUAAACAGCUGAUGGGAAUUCGUUUUUGUUUUGUUUUUUGUACCCGUUUUUCUGGCUUUUCCUCAGAGAUUUUGAAUUUGAACAGCUUCGCCAGUCUUUCAUUGAGAUUUAUUCUCUGCAACAUCGUGAGAGAAAGAAAGCAACGCUUCAGUGUUCAUACGACUGAACUCCUGAUCUGUCAAAUUACGGGUACUUUUCAGAAAACUCUUUUCGUUAAUUUUCUUCCGGAGAAUCUGAAUAUUAAACUGCCAAAGCUAAGCCUGGGGUAGUUGAGAUUUAAAAAAAAAAAAAAAAAAAAAAAAAAAAAAAAAACAACAAAAAGAGAGAAGGAACAGGAAACGCAAGAAGAGAACCAUUUGAUGGAAGAAAAGAAAAAGAAAAAGCAAGAAGAAAAGAAAAAGAAGGAAGCCGCUCACAAAAAGGCUGCAGAACAAAAAACCAAAGUGCCAGUAUCUGCCAAGCUCAUCUCCAGCCCUCCCCACCCUGCCAAUCGCAGUGUGACUCCUCCCAUCCCCACGGUUAGUAGCAGCGGCAAUGGCAAGCGAGCUCCUCCCAGCGCCCAGCAGCAGCUGCCGGCAGCCCCGCGCUUCCCUCUCCGCGAGGUCCCCCCACGCUUCCGCCAGCAGGAGCACAAGCAGCUACUGAAGAGAGGACAGCCACUGCCAGCAGGGACUCUCGUCACCACGGGACAGCCAGGGGCCAGCUCGCCCCCUCAGACCCCCCCCGCCAGCCCCAGCAAGCAGCACGCAGAGUUUCCCCACCAGAGUGGCCUGGGAGCCCAAUAUGAGAAUCUCCACUGUGGACACCGGCCCAGCAACUGCAUCUGGGAUCAAGUGAUCGUCGAUCGGAGUGACACGGAGGAGUGGCCUUCCAUUUCCUACAGUGAGAGCCACGCCCCCUCAGAAUGCACCACGGAUAUUGACUGUACUACAGAGAUAAGCAGCAGCAACAUGAGUAUGGCCACGGGGGCCGGGCAGCAAAGCCACUUCUCGGCCCACCAUCCCAGCAGUAAAAACAGUGGCAACCACUCUGGAAACAUGGUUUCCAACCAGGGUGGAGCCAGCCGGGGCUGGGGCUCUGGUCCCACCCACGGCUCCUCUGCCAUUGGCAGCGACGGGAAGACAGACAGCAUGCCAAUGGGAGGGAGGGGUCAGCCCUGCUGGGGGUCCUCCAACUUUAACUUGAACCUGAACCCUAGCGCCAACCCGGCUGCGUGGCCAGUACUGGGGCACGAAGGGGCUGGAAUGGGGAGCGGUGGACCAGGAGGCAACAAAUCCCCUCCUCCCCCAAACCUCUGCAGCCCAGCUAGUGCCCUGUCAGCCCAGGGAGGGGGCGGGAGUAUGGGCAGCACCAAUGGGAAUCCUGUAGGGGGCAGUGGCAACAGUGCCUGGGGGAGCAUGCUUCCACCGGACCCAACAGAGUCACGGCCCUCACCGUCCACGAUUGUGUCUUUCAGCGUCGAACCUCAGAACCUUAACACUGAUGGACCAAAUAACACUAAACAGCAGCCCCUCAGCCCCAUCCACAGCCUGCCCAGCUGGGGUUCUGUCCCUGUGGACAUGGGGCCUCUUGUGCAACCGCAGGUCAAUGGGGAGGAGAGCUCAGUGUGGGGGAAUGGAGACGCCAAGCCAACAGGUUCCAAGGAUUCAGCUUGGAAUUUUGGGCCACCCAGUGGCCCUGGGAUUCUGAUGCCUUGGGGCCGAGGCGGGGGUAACACAGGGGCUUGGGGCCGAUCGGCCUGCAGUGGAGGUGGAGACUGGGGCAAGCAUUCCAGCGAGACCAAAGGGUGGGAGACAUCAGGUUCCCCCCCGCAGGAGCAGUCUGUUUCCUGGUCCAACGCCCCCGCCAGCGAAGGAAGCAACGACAACCUUCAAGGGAUAUCCCGUAGGAUGGAGAGGCCACAUGGGGAGCUCGAUGCUCCCCUUCCCAUGGGUAGGCAAGACCUGGACCCACGGGUGCUGUCCAACACCGGCUGGGGCCAGACCCCUGUCAGGCAGCACACAGCCUGGGAGCUGGAGGAGAUGGCACGGUCUGAUCACAAGAAUGACACGGGUGUCGACUCUUGGAGCACUGGGUCGUCUUCAUCAUCCUCGUCCGCCCCCCCUCCAGCGCCUGCAAACACCAGCGCCGACCCUGCCGCUGCUCAGGUGUCUAACUCAGGUGGGAAGGGUGAAGGGUCCACUUCCAAUUCCUCGGCAGCUCCGGGCUGGGGAAACCCUGCCCAGGCGAUAGCCACACCAGCCUCCAGCCUGCCCUGCUCCAGCUGGGAUGAGGCAGUCAGCAAGAAAGCACCCAGUGGGUCUGGAGGAUGGGGGGAACCCCCUUCAGGCAGCUCCAACUCUACUGCCCCCAAAGGUGGGAUGUCCUGGGGUCAGGAGGAGAAGUCUCCCAGCUGGGAUGACCCACCUGCCAAACCCAAACCUCAAAGCUGGGGCGAAGGACCCAAGCCUGGACAUGGCUGGGGUACAGGGGCAAGUGGGGGGGGGGAUUGGGGUGAGCCCAGAGAGGAGAAGAAGAACGGCGUGACUCCAGCCUCUUGGGAACAGAACCCCCGGUAUGCAGGCUGGGGAAAGCCAGGACAAGGAGCGGGAGCGGGGGUCGGGGUUGGUUGGAUGGAAGCACAGAGGCCCAGUGUACCGGUGCAAGCUUGGGGAGGCAAGCCCCAGGAUAAUAGUAAUAGCAGUGGCAGCAUAGGGUCCUGGGGGGGAUCAGGCACAGUGAAACAGUGCGGAACGGGCUGGGGAGGAGGAGGUGGGGGGGGGAGCAAGCAGGAGCAAGGGGGUGAACCUACGGGUUGGGAGGAACCCUCUCCUCCCUCCGUGCGCCGCAAGGUGGAGAUCGACGAUGGUACCUCAGCUUGGGGAGACCCGAGCACCUACAACAAGACUGUCAACUUGUGGGACAAAAACAACUCUGUGAUUCAGAGCGGCCCUGACAACGCUGCUGCCAGCAACAACCACGGCGACGCUGCUGCCAGCAACAACCACGGCGACGCUGCUGCCAGCAACAACCACGGCAACGCUGCUGCCAGCAACAACCACGGCAACGCUGCUGCCAGCAACAACCACCACCAUCAUCACCACAGCAGCCACGCCCAGAACCACAGCCAAGCUCGGAUCCAUGCCCACAGCCACGCACCCAGCAACACACACAGCAGCCCGCAAGAGCAAACCACACCUCAUCAACCAAGUGCCCCCCAGAACAGAUCUGUACUUGAUGGGCCAGGAUGGGGAGACUCGUCCAGCUCUCAUCCGAAGCCCGAGCCCUCAUGGGGGAAGCCCGUCUCCCCGGCAGCAGUGGUUGAUAAUGGGACCUCGGCCUGGGGGAAGCCCCCUGGCAGCUGUGGGGGGUGGGAGGACAACCCCUCCGAUCCAUCAGGGUCCUACGGCAGGGGGAACCCCCCCUCAGGACUGCCCCCCUGCAAGCCAGCCUCCAAAUCUAUGCAAGAUGGUUGGGGAGGCAGUCCGGACGAGCUGGGCGGGUGGGAUCGGGACGAGGGGGAUGUGUGGAACAGCGCUGCUUCCCAGGAGAGCAACUCAUCCUGCAACUCCUGGGGGAACCUGCCCAAGAAGGGACUGCAAAAGAUCAUCAGGGUCCCCAGCAAGCAGGACGAGGCCUGGAUCCUGAGCCGGCUGAUCAAACAGCUCACCGACAUAGGCUUCCCGCGGGAGCCGGCUGAGGAAGCCCUGAAGAGCAACAGCAUGAACCUGGACCAGGCGAUGAGCGCCCUGCUGGAAAAGAAGAGCGAGCUGGACAAGCGAGGGAUGGGAAUGUGUGACUACAAUGGCCUGCUCUCCAAACCUCUGGGCUGCCGGCCCCCUGCAAUCUCCAAAGAGUCUUCCUCGGACUGCUCCCCUUUCCUCGAUAAGGAUGGCGGCCUAGUGGAAGAUGCCCCAGCCUCACCGUUUUUGCCUUCUCCGAGCCUGAAGUUCCCGCUCUCCAGCAGUGCCCUGCCCAACCAGGCCCUGGGUGGGGUCCCCUCGGGACUGGCCAUGCAAAAUAUAAACAACAGACAGAUACAGAACAGCAUGUUCUGCAAUAGCGGAGCAGCACAAUUCAGGGCCAUGCAGCAUCAGCCAGCAGUGCCGCCUCUUAGCUCCUCCCAGCCUAGUGUUCGCGCUCAAGUGCCUCAGUUUCUCUCCCCUCAGGUUCAAGCACAGCUCUUGCAGUUUGCAGCAAAAAACAUUGGUCUGAACCCUGCACUUUUAACCUCGCCAAUGAACCCUCAGCACAUGACCCUGUUGAACCAGCUCUACCAACUGCAGCUGUCGUACCAGCGUUUACAAAUCCAGCAGCAGAUGUUGCAGGCUCAGCGCAGCGUUUCCGGUCCCAUGAGACAACAAGAGCAGCAGGUCGCACGUACAAUCAAUAACAUGCAGCAACAAAUCCAACAGCACCAGCGACAGCUGGCCCAGGCCCUUCUCAUGAAACAGCAGCCUCCACCUCAUCCCGGCCUGCACCCUGGCACAGGAAAAUCAGCCCUGGAUAGCUUUCCACCCCACCUACAGGCUCCGGGACUUCCUGACCUGCAGACCAAAGAGCAGCAGUGUUCGCCAAACUCCUUCUCCCCUCACCCCCUCUCUGGACUGAAUCCAAAUAUGAAUGUAAACAGCAUGGAGGUGGGUAGCGGUCUGUCCAUGAAGGACUCCUCUCAGUCUCAGUCCCGUCUCCCGCAGUGGACACACCCAAAUUCCAUGGAGAACCUCUCUGGCACCUCCUCUCCUCUGGAGCAGAGCCUCAGCAAGCACGGUGCUAUCCCUGCAGGUCCCAGCAUCGGCCCCCCAGGGAAGUCCCCCAUGGAUGACUCCUACAUCCCCUACAAUCUAAUCCCCAGCAGCGAGUCUCCAGCCAGUCCACUAGUAGCCCCAGACAACUGGACACAGGCCAAAUCCGCUAAUGACAAAAUCUGCAACGGCACCAACAUCAACUGGCCACCAGAGUUCUGUCCUGGCGUGCCUUGGAAAGGACUGCAGAAUAUUGACCCUGAAACUGACCCCAAUGUGACCCCAGGAAGUGUUCCCAGCGGCCCCACCAUCAACACCAAUAUCCAGGAUGUAAACCGCUACCUGCUCAGGGACAGGAGUGAAGGCUCAUCUCCCACGUCAUCUCAGAAUACCACGCUGCCUUCACCGAGUGCCUGGCCUCUCAGUGCCUACACUAGCUCUUUCAGUAUGUGUGAGUCUGCAACCAACACUGCAGGUAAACCAUCAGACAUGAAGUCGACCUGGUCCCCUGGCCCCAUCUCUCACCCCCAGGCCUCCCUGUCCCAUGAGCUCUGGAAGGUGCCACAAGGUCCCCGAAAUCUUUCUGCUCCCACGCGGCCCCCCCCAGGGCUCACCAACACCAAGCCAUCAUCCACCUGGGGGGGCAACUCACUGGGCUUGACGCCAGGCUGGAGCAGCUCCUACACCUCUCGGACCACCUGGAGCACUGACAGCUCUGCAAGAACGAGCAGCUGGUUGGUUCUACGCAAUCUCACCCCCCAGAUUGACGGCUCAACUCUGCGGACGCUGUGCAUGCAACAUGGCCCUCUCCUUACAUUCCACCUGAACCUGACCCAAGGGAAUGCUGUCGUCCGUUACAGCUCCAAGGAGGAGGCAGCCAAAGCACAGAAAUCCUUGCACAUGUGCGUUCUGGGUAACACUACCAUCCUGGCAGAGUUCGCCGGGGAGGAGGAAGUGAACCGCUUUUUUGCACAGGGUCAAUCCCUGACCCCUACCACCAGCUGGCAGGCCCAUCCGGGCACCAAUCAGAUGCGGCUGGGUGGGGCAGGGGCAGGGCACUGGAACAGCAGUGGGGGGAAGGGGGGCAGCGAGUUGCUAUGGGGAGGGGUCCCCCAGUAUUCCAGUCUCUGGGGACCCCCUGGAGGGGAGGACUCCAGGGGGAUCGUGAGCCCCACCCCCAUCAACACACUGCUUCCAGGAGACUUGCUGAGUGGGGAAUCCAUGUAGGGAUGGAAAGCUAGCCAAGCAAAUCACAUGGAGAUAAUCAGUAGAUGAGAAAGGAACCACUGCUCCAACUCGCCUAUGGAAACAGAAACGGAGUGUGGCGGACCUGGGCAAAACUAAUCUGAGAGGCUGCUGACUUUCUUUUUUCAUUUUAUAAGUAUUCUAAACUAUUUUGAAGAAGAGUGGAAAAAAAUACAUAAAGGAAAGAAAACAUUUAAAUGACAUAUUUCUACUAAUUCUGACAUUCAGUAGGAAUUGUGUUUUCAGGAGAACUGAUAAAACAAGCUGCCAUUUUGACCUUUCCCUCUAGCCCCGCCCCAUCAUGACCCCAUCCCUCCAAGCCCCUCCCUCAAUACUACAUCAUUCCGAGCACGCCCAGUAGGAAUGGUUCAAGUACUCUCUUCAGCACUAAUAUUAGCCUUAAUGCUCUCCAGCCCACUUCCUUGUUUGUUUGUUGUUAAUUUUGAAGAAAAUCAUUGAUUCAUUUGUACAGUCCCAUUCUGAGCCAGAACACGGAACAGAGAACUAAGUUUUAACAGUAAUGAUGCUAAGAUUUCUGUUACAUCGUGACUCAAGGGUUUACACUGCUGUUUAAUACUUCGUAAUAUCUAUAUACCUAAAAUAAGCUGAAAGAAAUGUAAUCAAAAACAGUGUCUUAUGUGUAUGGAUGUGAUGUGUGUGGAUCCAUGUGAACCACUGUCUACCCAUUUAUGAGAAACACCUCUGAAAGCUCUGCAUUGGCGUAUCGGCCUUGUUCUCUCAACGCUGUCACAUGACCUACAUCUUCAGGGGACGUGCAGCAGCUUCAUUUCCAGACUCUUCCGUCCGCAGCUUUCCUGGGCAGUCGCUGCUUUCUGUGCUGCCACUUCAGUGGACUGCGAGGCAGGAGUUUAGUCCUGGUCACAUGAGCACCAGCUGCUCUUCCUCUCCCCCUCCCUGACUGCAAUCCUGGUCACAUGAGCACCAGCUGCUCUUCCUCUCCCCCUCCCUGACUGCAAUCCUGGUCACAUGAGCACCAGCUGCUCUUCCUCUCCCCCUCCCUGACUGCAGUCCUGGUCACAUAAGCACUGAAACUGCUCUGAAACAUUCUAUUGGGCUUGCUGCUCAGCAACUUUGUGUGGGAACAGCAAUAUCUAACCAAAUCGAGGGUGUUUCUUAUAAAGGUGUGGGCAAGAGUGUGUAUAUAUUGCUUACGUACAAAUGUGGAAAUUGAGACGUUGUUCAACCUUUUCGGUUGAUUUAUAGCACUUACGAGAGCAAGACACUCCUACUCUACAAUGCCAAUGAAUGUGAAAACAAGCAGUGCUAUAAACAAUGAAGGAGAAGAACAACUCCAGUGGAUCAAGCUGCUGGUUCCACUGUGUUUUCUGUGCACUCUGUUGGUUUAGAUGUCUUUAUUUGUUUUUAUCAGAGGGCACUGCCUGGUGGGUUUCAAAAGUUUGCAGGUUAAAGAAAGUCUGCUUGUAGAUGAUUAUUGCAGAAUAUGUUUUUAAAAUGUCAGAGUAAAUACCACUGUUACUAAAAAGAUUUGGACUCCUUCGAGACGCUACACUUGUAACGUUACACAGAAGAUCAAGCCCCUGUGGCACUCUGUACCUUGUGCUAUAACAGCUGGUCAUCAGGUGCCUGUCUGCUGUGAAGCCUUUCUGUAAAUUCACUUUGAUCAGCGGCACUCCCUCUCAAAGCACAUGUGCAUUUGGCUGCCAUUCUGUGUAGUGAGGCUGACAGUCCCAGCUCAAGAUCAGUAUAGUUUCCAUUGUUCACUUUAACGAUCAGUUAGGACAGGCUCCAGUGUUGUAUAGAUGAGUUCAGUGUAUUCAAUGUUAGCAGGAUAUUGGCUCCUCACAACAGUACUAUCUUUGAGUUUUCCUAAUCAGGUGUUUAGCAGUGUGCUGUGCCUGCUCAAUCUCAUGGGACUAUAGUGUUAAACAUGACCUAGUGUUGGAGUGAGAUCUUGGAGAAACUCCUGGUUCCAGUGAGGCGGGUCAUUCAGGAAUCCCAGGGUGGGCCAAACUGCCUUACAGAACUGCACCUUCAUUGAAGAUUACUAGGCUCGAUAUCCAGACCAGCAAAGUGGUCUUCACUGGUUACCAGCACUGCAGCCUCCUGGACAGUGGGUGGCUAAAGCAGGGCCAGUCCUCCUUCAGAAAAGAAACAGAGGCUGACCUCUAUAUAUCUAGCUGGUGCUUAUAUAAUGUUUUGAAAACAUUAAGGGUUUGGCCCAAGACAGACAUUCUCAGUUAAAUUGACACAAGCCUCUGUUUCUAUGCAUUGGAGCCAGUGUGGACAGCGCCUCCCCCCUGUGAUCAUGUGCCAGUACUAGCUGAUUGUUACUGCUGCUUUGAGGAGACACUGUUACUCGUGGGCGCUGGACAUUGUCUUGGCCAGGGUUUAACAAUCCUCCCCAAAGCACUUCUGCAUAUUCAGCUCUUAUGUGAAAGUGGUAAAGCUGGGGUAGAAAAUGAAAACAAUAAGCUGCUGUUAACUAAUGUGGUAUUAGAUAGGUGGGAUCCACACCAUCAUUUACUAAAGAAAGAGAUCCCAGGGGACGGGUUCAAAGUCCAUUUCCAAGUGCUUGACAAGCAGUGGUAAAUACAGCUUCCUGUUCUCAAGCUCCUCUAGUUAAAGGAUCUUUGCAUGAAUACACUUUGAUCCACUCUGCAGGUGAGUGGAGGCAGGAAGGAGCAUUCAUUUGAUUCCAGUGCUGGGAGGCAGUGAGGCCCAUUGAUUAGAGUCAAGCAGGCAGGAUGUUUCAUGUUUAAACAAGGUCAUUAAAACAAAGCUAGACAGAACAAUUCAUGUUCAAGGAGUGGUGAGAGUUGUGAAGAUAGCUUCUGUAACCUCAUUCUCUACAGUAAGAAGAAUACCCUGCUGUAGACGGGCUAGUGGAGUACAGAUUGUUUUAUAUCAAAAAGAUUGUUGUCAAUUUGAAGUUUGGUGUUUGGGCUCUGCCCUUGCUGGAGGGGGUCCUAAGCCUGUCCUUCCCUAGGCAGUGCGCCCGCAUGAGCCAGCAUGCAGAGUCCAAGAUGCCCUUGGAACUCUAUUAACUAUAUUAGUCUGUCCCUACUCAGUUUAUUAGGGUAACGCAGUGUUCUGCAAGUUGCAUUUAGAAAUGUCUGUUUUAAAAACGCUGUACUCCCUGCCCUGCCCAGGACUUCUCCAAGCAUCAGGCUUUUGAAGCUUUCCUUGAUGUAAUGGCUGCACCAGCAAUGAUAAUCUGUUACGGUCGCACCUCCAAUCUAGUUAGGAUUGUAGUUCUGAAAGAACAGAUGUGUGGUGCAGCAGGAGUUAUAUAUGUUGAGUGUAUUACCCCCAGACGUUAAGAACCUCACCUUUCUUUUUAAGGGCCUGGGUUGAAUAUGCAUGUGCUUAUUAAUAUUAUUGUUGUUAUUAUUAUUAUUAUUACACUAUUAUCAUACAACUUCCCCUUCCUUUCCUUAAAUCAUAAGCAUAUCAAAACAAAACAAAAAAAUACAAAUACUUGAAUCAAAAAUGAAACGCCAAUAAUGUAGUGUGAAAACUUUUUGUAACGAUUUUGUCAGUCAUAUAUUUCCCAGCUUUUAACACACCAGUUCAAAGUGGAGGGGGGUGGGGGGGCAAAAAAAUUAAUCUGUUUGUGAGUGUUUGCACAGAAGCAUGUGAGUGAAAGAGAGAUAGCAGUGUGUGUUUGUGUGUGAGAGAGAGAGAACCUGGGGUAAGAAACCAGGGUGGGUGAAUGUGUUUGUGUUCUUAUUCAGUAUAUGCUUUUAUUUGCUUGUCAGUAAAGAAACGCAGUGAUGGAUCUCAUUGUUCUUGUCAUUAGCACUGAGUGUCUGCUGCCCCUCACUCAGUGAUCGUUAAGUACAGAGGGGACUUGAUGACACUUUGUGUGGAAAUGUUUACUGAAGGACUUGACGAAAAAAUAACCAAUCUGUAACAUGUUUAUCUACCUUAUAGUGGCUUUUGUUGUGGAAUAAUCCAGAAACGGAUUAGAAUAUGAGUAUUGCACCAUUUUAUUUCUUUUUUCGGAUUAUAAAAAAAAGACAAAUUACAAAAAAGAAAAACAAGGAUUUUUGAAGAACUGAGGCCAUAGCAUGUCCUUAGAGAAGGAGGGAGGCUCUCUGUGUUGGACAGCAGAGUCAGGCAGGAGGCAGGACUCAGGUUCCAGAGUAAUACUCAUUUCAGAGGUGCCUUCUAUUUUUUUUUUAUUUUUUUUUUGGAAGGUCACCUACCGUUUACAGACAUUUAGUUUUUCAGAACUUCAAGGAAAAGGAAUUUAUUACAGGAGCGUUUGGAAAA